GUGCUCUUUAACCCCAAGAAGAACAAGCAGCACCAUAUUCUGAAUGGAUCAAGGAAAACCAUCACAGCAGUGGCCUUCUCUCCAGAUGGCAAGUACCUGGUCACGGGUGAGAGUGGGCACAUGCCUGCUGUUCGAAUCUGGGAUGUCAAUGAAAGAACACAGGUGGCAGAGCUCCAGGAACACAAGUAUGGGGUGGCCUGUGUGGCAUUCUCCCCCAACGCCAAGUACAUUGUCUCCGUGGGAUACCAACAUGACAUGAUUGUCAACGUUUGGGCUUGGAAGAAAAAUAUUGUCGUGGCAGCUAAUAAGGUAUCAAGCAAGGUGACGGCUGUGUCCUUUUCCGAGGAUAGCAGUUAUUUUGUCACUGCUGGCAACCGGCACGUCAAGUUCUGGUAUCUGGAUGCAUCCAAAGCCUCUAAGGUGAAUGCCACCGUCCCUCUGCUGGGACGUUCGGGACUACUGGGCGAGCUGCGUAACAACUUCUUCAGUGACGUGGCGUGUGGGCGUAGCAAGAAAGCCGACAGUACGUUCUGCAUCACCACCUCCGGCCUUCUGUGCGAGUUCAGUGAGAAGAGGCUUCUGGUUAAGUGGGUCGAGCUGAGGACCACAAUGGCCAACUGCUUGUCGGUCAAUGAGGAUUUUAUCUUCUGCGGUUGUGCCGAUGGGACAGUGCGGCUUUUUAAUCCUGCUAACCUCCAUUUCAUCGCCACAAUGCCCAAGCCACACUACCUGAGCAUGGACAUCGCAGCUGCCACAGAGCCAAGCCACCUAUUCUCAAACAGAGCAGCUGCCAAGUACCCAGACACCAUUGCACUGACCUACGACCCCACGAACCGCUGGUUAUCAUGUGUGUACAAUGACCACAGUCUGUACGUGUGGGAUGUAAAGGACUUUAAGAAGGUUGGGAAAGUGUACUCUGCUCUCUACCAUGCAUCUUGCGUUUGGAGUGUUGAGGUAUACCCAGAAGUAGAGGACAGUAACCGGGCAUGCCUACCUCCAGGCUCCUUCAUUACCUGCUCAUCGGACAACACCCUCCGACUCUGGAACACCGAAGGCUCCAGCACCCACGGGACCUCACUACAUCGAAACAUGAUCAGCAAUGAUUUGCUGAAGAUUCUCUACAUGGACUCCAACACAUCGACAUUGCUGGAUGUGGAAAACACCUCAGCGGGCGGCUCUGACAAACCGGAUUCCCAAAACACUGAGGUGAAGACUGGAAUCAGAACGUUGUGUGUGAGCCCCGAUGGACAGCAUAUGGCAUCUGGUGACCGGGCUGGAACUCUGAGGGUCCAUGAUCUCCAACUACUGAGAGAACUCCUUCAAGUGGAGGCCCAUGACUCAGAGAUCCUGUGUCUCGAAUACUCCAAACCAGAAACUGGCAUGAAGUUGUUGGCGUCUGCCAGCCGAGACCGUCUGAUCCAUGUGUUAGACGCAGAGAACGAUUACAGCCUGCUCCAAACCUUGGAUGAGCAUUCCUCCUCCAUCACUGCCGUCAAGUUUACAGCAAAUGCUGGGAGUGUCAGGAUGAUCACCUGUGGUGCAGACAAGAGCAUUUACUUCCGGACAGCACAGAAGUCUGCUGACGGCACUCAGUUCACCCGAACCCACCAUGUGGUUCGAAAGACCACUCUGUACGACAUGGACGUGGAUUGCACACACAAGUACGCUGCGAUCGGGUGUCAGGACAGAAGCAUUCGGAUAUUUAACAUUAGCAAUGGAAAACAGAAGAAGCUUUAUAAAGGAUCUCAGGGAGAAGAUGGGACCCUGAUCAAGGUGCAGAUUGAUCCCUCUGGGCUGUUCAUCGCAACUAGCUGCUCUGACAAGAACCUCUCCAUCUUUGAUUUCUACACGGGUGAAUGCGUUGCCACCAUGUUUGGCCACGCAGAGGUAGUUACAGGAAUGAAAUUCACCAACGACUGUAAACAUCUCAUCUCUGUGUCUGGAGACAGCUGUAUUUUCAUCUGGCGGCUAAGCUCGGAGCUGACAAUUAACAUGAGGCAGAGGCUGGCUGAGAUUAGGCAGAAGGAGAAAAAGCAGAUGAAGACACCUCCACGGAAACAUUCCAUUCCAAACAGACGGGAAACAUUUGAUGUCGCUGCUCAGACGGCCAUGUCCUCCGACAGUGAGAAGGAAGCUGAGGAAGAUGGAAAUGAGGAGGAGGAAGGUCACUGUGAGGGUUCCGUGCACAUCACGCCAAAACGAGGCCUUGCGGAUGUUGGGAAUGAUAUCCCCACAGGAAUACAAUACACAGGGAGUGUGAAGAGUCUGUACCGCUGGGAAAACAGUAAGAUGGAAGAUGUGCCAAUAAGAUUGGACUCGAUGCACGAUCAUGCCCCCCGGCCCCGGGGUCGAUGGUCCCACCGUGCCAACAACCUUGAACUGAGCGUGAAGUCGAUGUUGGACCUUCGACACCUGGACUCUUUCUCCUCGCCAUCAAUGGACUCCAUCUCCCAGACUAGAACGUCGCUGUCCAGGGGCAAUGUGUGCGAGGAAGCCAGUGAUCAGGAGCGCAGGGUCCGGGUCAGCAUAGAAACCCUGCUGAGCGAUAUAGAGGAGCAGGAGUUGGCAGACACACACAGCUCGUCCUUUGUCAGACCCUGCAGCAUCACACUGCCGAUGUGUGAGGAGGGUAUAUUCAGCCAGGAACUGGAGACACCAGAGGCUGAAGAACGUAUCAUCUACCCGGUACACAUGGGGAGCACCGGUGAGACGGAGGGUGAGUACCAGGUGAAGGAGUUGCAGAAGGGAACACAGGAGAAGAGUUACCGUGGCCAUGGUCUCCUCGAGAAGCACAGUCCUGACAGCGCCUGCUCCGUGGAUUAUUCCAGCAGCCACUUCUCCAGCCCGGAACACCCACACGAAGAUUCCGAAUGCACGGAACCGCUGAGCGUGGAUGGGAUCUCCUCCGACAUGGAAGAGGAAGAGGAUGAGCUCAGCAGGAGCUUCCCACGGGAGACAGCAGUGCCGAGAACCCCAGAUCAGGAAAAAUUCCUGAAGCAGCAUUUUGGGACCCUGUCAGAUGAGAGUAUUGGAGUGAAAUCUGACCAUCGACUGGACAGCCUGAAGCCAUUGCUCGCAAGAGAGACUGAAGAGCUUCUCAACCCUCGGCUCAGCAUUUCAGCAAAAUUCCUGUCUCGAUCACUGACGUCAAGUUUGAGGCACUCGCCAGAUCUUAACUCCAUGUUCCUCCUGCAUGGUGAGCCAGGAGCCAAGCAAGUCACACUCCCUGUCUCUAACUUAGAACAACAAGGAGAGGAGGACCUCAGAGUGAAGAGUGAGAGUGACAAGCGAGACCCACAGAAGAGAGAGGACUCAGUAAGACACAGAAAUGAUGAUCAGAAACAAGCAGACGAUCUCACAUUGGAAUUCUUUUCAGUGUUGAAUUCUGCCCAAGGCAAAACUCCAGUGAAAACUCCAGUUAGAAUAGAGUCUAGUGCUGUUCCAGAUAAGCCAGUAUCUGUCAGAGCGAUGUACACGCAGAAGAAACGGAACCCAGCUCUAGAAACAAGGAAAGUGUUCAUUGGAUCAGCAAAGGGACAGUCAGCCUCAGCACAUCCAAGUCCAGCUGUGUCACCAAGUCCAGCCAUGAGAAAGUCCCAAUCUGUUCAUGACCUGAUCCAUGAAGAUACAACAUCAACAGCCAUCACAUCUGCAAAGUUGCAGUCUCACUCAGUGACUGUAACUGAGAAAGAUACCAGGGCCAACCAGCGGCGGACUUUGCCCAUCGUCCCCAGUAAAGUGGAUGCCCCAUCAUCAUUGCUGGCAAAGGAUAACACUCAGGGAAAGAGCACCAAACUAAAAUCCUACAUGAACCCAACGACCAGCUCCAUGGCCAAAAUGUCACGCAGUGUUUCAAUGGGAGACAGCCUGAACCUCAGCGAGAAUGGUGAGGGUUUGACACUCUCAGAAAAGAGUGUGGGUGGACCAUCUUUGGAAACGUCACCUAGGACUUCACCUUUGGUUAUCACGGACAUUGUGAGUGAAAUCUCGCACAAACAGGAGAUGAUUAAACAGAACCUGAAGGAGACUGCAAGCUCUAAGCCAUUGUUGUUACAACAGUCAGGAGGUUCCACAAUGUCUCCUGCUAAUAGCUCUCAGUCUAAAUUAACUCUUGGCACUCGGGCUAACUUAUUCCUGGAUCUACCUAAACCACUGCCCGACCGACCUUCUUUGACUUCAUUCUCGCCACCAAUCAAGUUGAAGUCCUACUGUGAAAGCGAGCCCUUCAAGCCGCCUGUUUCACCUGCAGGAGGAACAAAAUGGAGGCCACCUUUGGGGGAUGGCCUUAUCACUUAUAAGGACAUCCAAGAGAAAAAGAGCGGUAGUGCUUCCACACCUGGACAGGAGACAGCUACUCCAUUGGAACGCCAGCCACCCGUUCAAUGUCACCAUGAGUCACAAAUAGGGACAUCUCUUAAACCUCCUUGUCAGCAAGUGUCCUCCGUGUGGAUGCCUGCUAACUCCAACUACAGAUGUAGCAGGCUUGUUGAAGAAGCCUCAGACUCUUUACCCAACAUUCCAGCAGCAAGUGGCCAAACGGUACCUGUUUCUACACCAGCAACACUUCCACUUUCUGUGCCCCAGAAGACUUUAGAGAAGGAACCAGGUCCUACUGUCAGUGUUCAGAGCUGUAAACUCCUGGCGAGUGAGCUGCAGAGCUGUUUAGAGAGAGCCCUGAGCCUUUACCGAAUGGUAGCCGAUAACAAGGACUCCUCGGACGAGAGCUGCCAGAUAACGGCCGUUCUCUCAGAAACAUUUUCCUUGGUGAGGAAAGAAUUGGACUGUUUCCAGCAUCCAGGAGCAGGCCCCAGGCAAUCUCCCCAGGGGCCAGGCCAGGCGACCUCUGCGCCUUACCUGAGUAGUAACCCCCCAGCAAAGGGCGACGGCUUUGAAGAUGAGAAGACCCUAGCCCUACUCGAGCAGUAUUCGGAACUUUUACUCCAAGCUGUGGAGCGAAGGAUGGAUCAUAAGCAGCCAGGAGGAAGGGAAGGUUCAGGACUGUGAAUUGUACAGCACACAAUGCAAUUGUAGGCUUGCAAACUCCCCCACACAGAAAACACCAUAAAAAAACAUUCUUCUCACCAGGGGAAAGAAAAUGGUAUAACACUAUCUAUUGUGUUGAUCACAACUCACCUCAUAUUUAACCUGGGAUUAGUUAAGUCCCAUUGUCUAAUUGACUGAGAAACCUUUAUUGUUAUUGCCUUCUGAUGUUUAUUUUAAAUGUUUCAUUUCUCCACAUCCAGCCCCCGUAAUAGACUGUAGGACAGAGUUGAAGGGAGUCACAAUGGUGCCGCCUUAUUGCAGUGCCACCCUACAGUGGUCAGCUCCUCCUAAAGCGGUCAGUAAAAACAUUUCAGUUCAACCCAGAGAGCAACAGAGAGGGGUCUUGGCUCGCUCGAGCCUGCCGGGUGCAAGUGUUGGUGAUCCACGUGGUGGGAGAGUGGAAGGGAGAAGUUCAGAAAAAAAACAUAUUGUGGAAAUGUUGUUUUAGCUCAACGAGAAUAAGCUGCAAUAGAUUGUGCGCCACUGCUGCAGGAAGACAGAAGCAAUGUCAUUCUGAGGCAGGCUGAUGAAUUGCUCCGCAAGCUUUUUUAUAAGACCUUCUUGUUCUGUAUCUUGUGGUCUUGCUCCCACCCUCUUUAUUUUCUUUCACUCUCUGACCGCCUAUCUCUUCCUCUCUCCAACCAGAUGUUGCUCAGGCUCCUCCAGUUAGGCAAUAAAUCACUCUGGUAUAGUGAACAGGAAUAGGUAGUCCUGUUGGUGAAACUAAAACCCUGGAAUGGAUCACUACAGAUCAUGACUGUUGGAGCCGAGCCUUCAGCGAUUAAAUACUGACUGAAGCCACCAUCACUAAGCUGACGGUCCCUUUAAGGGAGGGGAAGGGAGCCUAUAAACCAGUGUGUGCUCUUGAUAUUCCUCACAGUGUGUGAUAUAAUGUGCAUUCCCUAUUGAUUGGACCACAAUUCCUUUUCUACAUUCCUCCAUUCCCCUAUAUUUGGGAAAUCAGAGGAUAUAACUUUGGGAAUAUUGUCUUAUUUACUGAAAAAAAAUGUUUACUUUUAGAAAAGCCUUCUCAGAGUUAGAAUGAGGAAGGUAUAGGUGUGCAAUGGAAAAGGGUUUCCCUACCUAUCACUGAGCAACUGCACAAUGCGUUGCGGGAUCCCCUUUUGCUGUUCGUUCUGUACAAGCUAAAUCUUCCAGUCAUAUCACCCCCCCCCCGCCCCACCCCACCCCACUGAACUGCACCCCUCAGUCCGAUCUCCCUGACAACUUCAUCACUCAGUAGGUUUUCCCCCUGAACUUUACCCCUCAAUGGACAGGAACUCUCAGACACUGGACAGGACAGGACCACACAAACACUGGACAGGACCACACAAACACUGGACAGGACCACACAAACACUGGACACAAAGACCGGACGGGACACACAAACACUGGACACAAAGACUGGACGGGACACACAAACACUGGACACAAAGACUGGACGGGACACACAAACACUGGACACAAAGCCUGGACGGGACACACAAACACUAGACACAAAGCCUGGACGGGACACACAAACACUAGACACAAAGCCUGGACGGGACACACAAACACUAGACACAAAGCCUGGACGGGACACACAAACACUAGACACAAAGCCUGGACGGGACACACAAACACUAGACACAAAGCCUGGACGGGACACACAAACACUAGACACAAAGCCUGGACGGGACACACAAACACUAGACACAAAGCCUGGACGGGACACACAAACACUAGACACAAAGCCUGGACGGGACACACAAACACUAGACACAAAGCCUGGACGGGACACACAAACACUAGACACAAAGCCUGGACGGGACACACAAACACUAGACACAAAGCCUGGACGGGACACACAAACACUAGACACAAAGCCUGGACGGGACACACAAACACUAGACACAAAGCCUGGACGGGACACACAAACACUAGACACAAAGCCUGGACGGGACACACAAACACUAGACACAAACACUGGACGGGACACACAAACACUAGACACAAACACUGGACAGGAACUCUCAAACACUGGACAGGCCACACAAACACUAGACACAAACACUGGACAGGAACUCACAAAUACUGGACAGCAACAAAC